GCUCCUACAACACCUGGGCAAACACCUGCACAGACUGAGGGACCAACACCUGUAAAGACUGAGGGGCCAACACCUGUGCAGACUUCAGCUCCCACAACUGUUCCAACACCUACAAAACCUGGACCAACACCAGGAGAGAGGACGGGGCCACCUUUCACAACACCUGUGGCAACCACCAGAGCUCUUACAACGCCAGGACCAACACCUGUACAGACUGAGGGACCAACACCUGUGCAGACUUCAGCUCCCACAACUGUUCCAACACCUACAAUACCUACAACACCUGGACCAACACCAGGUGAGAGGACAGGGCCACCUUUCACGACACCUGUGGCAACCACCACAGCUCCUACAACACGUGGACAAACCCCUGUACAGACUGAGGGACCAACACCUCUGCAGACUGAGGGACCAACACCUGUGCAGACAGAGGGGCCAACAUCUGUACAGACUGCUGGACCAACAUCUGUGCCAACCACUGCUGCUCCCACAACAGUUGAACAGAAUGAGGAACCAACACCUCUGCAGACUGAGAGACCAACGCCUAUGCCAACCACUUCUGCCCCUACAACUGUUCCAACACCUACAACACCUGGACCAACACCAGGAGAGAGGACGGGGCCACCUUUCACGACACCUGUGGCAACCACCAGAGCUCCUACAACACCAGGACCAACACCUGUACAGACUGAGGGACCAACACCUGUACAGACUGAGGGACCAACAGCUCUGCAGACUGAGGGACCAACACCUCUGCAGACUGAGGGACCAACGCCUAUGCCAACCACUUCUGCCCCCACAACUGUUCCAACACGUACAACAUCUGGACCAACACCAGAAGAGAGGACAGGUACCACUGCAGCUCCUACACCUGGCCAAACGCCUGUGCAGACUGCUGCUCCUACAACAGCUGAACAGACUGAGGGACCAACACCUCUGCAGACUGAGGGACCAACACCUGUGCAGACAGAGGGGCCGACAUCUGUGCAGACAGAGGGACCAACACCUCUGCAGACUGAGGGACCAACGCCUAUGCCAACCACUUCUGCCCCCACAACUGUUCCAACACGUACAACAUCUGGACCAACACCAGAAGAGAGGACAGGGCCACCUUUCACAACACCUGUGGCAACUACCACAGCUCCUACGACACCAGGACCAACACCUGUACAGACUGAGGGACCAACACCUGUGCAGACUGAGGGACCAACACCUGUACCUACCACAACAGCUCCUACAACACGUGGACAAACUUCUGUGCAGACUGAGGGGCCAACACCUGUGCCGACAGAGGGACCAACACCUGUGCAGACAGAGUGGCCAACAUCUGUACAGACUGUUGGACCAACAUCUGUGCCAACCACUGCUACUCCUACAACAGCUGAACAGAAUGAGGAACCAACAGCUGUACAGACUCAGGGACCAACACCUCUGCAGACUGAGGAACCAACGCCUAUGCCAACCACUUCUGCCCCCACAAAAUCUGGACCAACACCAGAAGAGAGGACAGGGCCACCUUUCACAACACCUGUGGCAACUACCACAGUUCCUACGACACCAGGACCAACACCUGUACAGACUGAGGGACCAACACCUGUGCAGACUGAGGGACCAACACCUGUACCUACCACUGCAGCUCCUACAACACCUGGCCAAACACCUGUGCAGACUGAGGAACCAACACCUCUGCAGACUGAGGGACCAACACCUGUGCAGACUGAGGGACCAACACCUGUGCCAACCACUGCAGCCCCUACAACACCAGGACCAACACCUGUACACACGGCAAGACCAACACCUGUGUCAACCACUACAUCUCAAAAUAUAUCAACUACAACAGACUCAGAUGUUUUGGCACCUUCUUGGAGUACAUCAGGUUUCACUGUCACUAAGGAGACCACACAACCCACAUCUGUAAAGACCACCCCUGAGUAUUGUGCCCUGGAGGAUGGAAUGAAGGACCCACAACGUUUACCGGAUGAUUCUAUCCAGGUGUCUCAGCUUGACCCCUCAAGCUCUCCUCAAGAUAUCCGUCCUGAAGGAAAGUCAGCCAUAAUCCCUGUGGACACCGCUAAUCCUCCUUACAUCCAACUGGAUCUGACUCCCAAUGGUGAAGACCCUGUUGUUGUUGGCAGAGUGGUUGUGACAGGAAAUGUUGGCCGUGUAGCCAUUGAGAAGAGAGAUGACCCAACUGAAGAAUUCGCUAAUCCAUCUGGAAGAGAUUCUUAUGAAGUUCCAGAAAAUGGUGAAAUCCAACUGCCCAAGGACUUCACUGCUUCAGACAUCCGUAUCACACUUUUGGAACCCAAACAGGAAGAAGCUGGUCAGACUCCAGUAGAGAAUUAUGAAGUGGAGCUGGAAGUGUUCUGCUGUUAUGAACAGGGAACAGAGUACACCACAAGACCUCCUUCUGAAGUUACCACUCAAGGACCUGGUGUCACAACCCCAGCAGUUGGACCAACAACUCAAGGACCUAGUGUCACAACCCCAGCAUUUGGACCAACAACUCAAGGACCUAGUGUCACAACCCCAGCAUUUGGACCAACAACUCAAGGACCUAGUGUCACAACCCCAGCAUUUGGACCAACAACUCAAGGACCUAGUGUCACAACCCCAGCAUUUGGACCAACAACUCAAGGACCUAGUGUCACAACCCCAGCAGUUGGACCAACAACUCAAGGACCUGUUGAAACACCUCAAGUUGUGGUAACAACUCAAGGACCUGGUGUCACAACCCCAGCAGUUGGACCAACAACUCAAGGACCUGGUGUCACAACCCCAGCAUUUGGACCAACAACUCAAGGACCUAGUGUCACAACCCCAGCAGUUGGACCAACAACUCAAGGACCUGUUGAAACACCUCAAGUUGUGGUAACAACUCAAGGACCUGGCAUCACAACCCCAGCAGUUGGACCAACAACUCAAGGACCUGGUGUCACAACCCCAGCAGUUGGACCAACAACUCAAGGACCUGUUGAAACACCUCAAGUAGUGGUAACGACUCAAGGGCCAGCUGUUACCACAACCCAAGGUGAACAUGUAUCUGUUGGAGCAAUUACAGAUACGUUUUGUAACGACGCUCUUCUGGAUGCCGAUAGCAAAAUCACUCCUCAAGGAGUGGGACGAAUUGGACAGGCUCCAUUUGUACCAAGUGACAGCCAGCCCUACAUGGAAAUAGAUUUACAAGAAGAUUAUAUCCUCAGUGCCAUUGAAGCGCAAGGAAGUCCCUUCAGACUGGACUUCAAGGAGAUCACACAGGAAGAAUUUGAUUCCUACGUGGAAUUGGGUAUAUCCGUUGAGCCUAAACAAUUUUUGCCUCAGUCGGGGGAUGCACCAAAGAGAUUUAAUCUUGUGCCCACUGCAGCCUCUGUGGUACGAAUCAUUCCAGAGGGACCAAUCAAUAUCCAGCUUCGAGCAUGUGAAAACCCCAGGGCUACCACUACAACACCUGUAACAACCACUACAAGUCCUACAACACCUGGACAAUCGCCAGAAGGGAGGACUGGACCACCUGUAACAACACCUGUGCCGACUGAGGGACCAACACCUGUGCCAACCACUGCUGCGCCAACAACACCUGAGCUGACUGAGGAACCAACACCUGUGCAGACUGAGGAACCAACACCUGUACAGACUGAGGGACCAACACCUGUGCAGACUGAGGGACCAACACCUUUGCCAACCACUGCUGCGCCAACAACACCUGAGCUGACUGAGGAACCAACACCUGUACAGACUGAGGGACCAACACCUGUGCCAACCACAGCUGCUCCUACACCUGUACAAACACCUGUACAGACUGAAGGACCAACACCUGUACCAACCACUGCACCUCCUACACCUGUGCCAGACACUGAAGCUCCUACACCUGUGCCAGACACUGAAGCUCCUACAACAUCAAGACAGACCAUCCGGCAAACCACAGUGCCAGUCGUUGUAACCACAACACGCACACAUGCACCAGAACUGACAACACCACUACCUCCAAGAACUACAGUACCUUCUUCUCAAGUGUGCAACACUAACUGUAUCUGCAUCCUUGGUUGUGGUGAGGACCUAUCGCGGUGCAGCCCCUUACCUGGGUGUGAUGCAUCCUGCGUGUGUCCUGCUGGCACUGCUGACCGUGCUAACUUCAGGUGCAUUUUCCGUCAGCCCUGUGAAGCCACAACAGAGCCAUGGCUGGAGACAACCACAGGAUCCUUUGUGACACCAACCCAGAAAUGUACUUUCCCACAGCGAUGUGUCAUCUCCAAGCCAUGUGGUGACCUGAACAAUCCAUUGUGGACUCCCACAGCCAACGAUCUGACCCAAGCUCAGCUGAAUGACUAUUUCGUCUUGUGCAGUCAACUUUCCACAAGUUGCGAAUGCCCCCUGCCAUCGAAGCGCUCCCAGAGUAAUGUGCUCACCAACCUCUGCGUCAGUAACCCAACCCCUGACCUCUGCACUGUGAAGACAACACUACCAUUUUACAGCACCACAGAGUCUUGGUUUACAGGGGAGAUAACUCCAGACACAACUGGCCCUUCGUGUAUCCCAGAGGCUUGUUUCAGAAAUCUGACUUGUACUGAAGCCAGAGAUCCCUUGUACCAGGCAUUUGAUGAGAAUUCUCCUGACUUAUUCUCCGUGGGGGCCAUGAUUUGUGGUGAAAAGAUCCCCGACUGUGGAGGCUGCCCCUCAGGUUACUACCUGGAUCCCAAUCAGCAUAUGGCUUGUCUGAAGUACCCAAACUGCCCUGUGGGAAACACAAACUGCGACUGCACGGAGAAUGGCUUGGUCAUCAAUAAGAAGCCUGGAGAAUCUUGCAAGAUGGAUGACUGUAGUGAUUGUGUCUGUGAAUAUGACAACUACAGUGGAAUCUAUAGCUGGAGAUGUCAGCCUGGAGUCUGUGAAACCACGCCCUGGGAGCUGCCCUCAACAUCCUCAUGCUUGGUCCCCGAUACCUGCCUGAUGAGGAUCACCUGUGACCAGCAGAACAACGGUGUGUCCUUCAAAGAUCUGACUGUGCCCAUCAUGGAGUGUGCCGCCUCCGUAGACCUGUGUCAGUGCCCCAUCGGGUCUUACAAGGACGCCUCCGACCUACCAGCCUGCCUCAUUCCACCAGAGUCAUGCCUCACACCAUGUCAGUGCCACGUCGAUGGACAAGUCCGUGAACUCACGAUUGGAGAUCAGUGUAUUCUUCCUAACUGCUCCAGCUGUACCUGUGCCUAUGACAAGCAGUAUUACUGGACAGAGUGUCGUGAAACCGCAGCCUGUGGACCACCCACAGAGGUGACAACCCCAGCCCCACCCACACCAAAGAGAACAACCACUGAGCAGGCUACCACCGACAACUGGUUCAUAACCACCGGAGAGCUGCUUUGGCCAUGUGAAGACCGGUGUAACUGCGAGGUAGGCUGCCACAGCGAUGCCAGCGCGUGUUACCAGGCCCUCGGCUGUGACCACACCUGCGAAUGCUCUAAUGCUCUGUACCGAAUCAAUGGGCGAUGUGUCACAAACGUGGUGCCGCAGGCAUUCUGUGUGGAGACAACACCACCACCAGUGCCCACAACAACUGCCUCCCCUACAACCACAAGGACACCCUCCACCCCCAAACCCACACAAGCUUGCUAUGAACAUUUGACCACCGACCCUGCCAUUAUGGACAGCUUCUCCUCCUCAUCCAGCCGGUCCAUCACUUUGGAUUCUGGGACCUUCCAGUACUCCCCAUCCCUGGCUUCUCCCUCUGGUUUGGGCUGGAGGUCAGCCGAGUCUGACCCCACCCCCUGGCUCCAGGUGUCCCUUCGGCAGCCUGCUAAUGUCACAGGUGUGGCUGUCCUGCCCCUGGAUGUUAACCAACUGAAGGUGGAAUUGUCUGAGGAUGGAAUCAACUGGAUGCCUUACACAGAGGGUAGACAGACCAAGUUAUUUGACCUUAGUCCAAGGUCACUGCAGAUGCAACCAUUGGUGUUCAAUGAGAAGAUCGAGGCUCAGUUUGUUCGUCUGAUCGUCACAGGGAAAGCACAAGGUGCCGAUGUGUCUGGCCUGAACGCAGAAGUCUUUGGGUGCUAUGAACUUAGAACUGUGACUGUAACCACUCCUGAAGUGGUGGUCACAGAAGCCCCAGCUCCUGAGACAACACCCAUGGGUGUGACAUCAACCAGUGGAAUGACUACCUCCUCACUGUGCCCAGAUGGCAAGGAAUACAGUGCCUGCAUGAUGUACAAGACGUGCGAAAAUGUGGAGGAAAUGAUCACAGUUGAUGCCUGCGAGGCAGGUUGCCAGUGUGCUGAGGGACGUGUGGCACACAACGGCACCUGUAUUGACCCCUCCCACUGCCCCUGUUAUGACUUCCUCAGACAGAGAUACUACAAGCUCGGCGAACGUUUCCCGGUGGAUGAAGUGAGAUGUAAAACUGGCGUGUGCACUCCACAUGGCAUUGAGUACGAGUACACUCAGUGUUACGAGUGUGAAGCUCCACGUGUGUGGAAUGAAGUCUGUGCCUGCGAGAAGACCUGCACCGCCCAGGAUCACGUCUGCGACUUGGACACCUGCAUCCCUGGCUGCGCAUGCCCCAAGAACACCUUCUUUAAUGGGACUGAGUGUGUGGAGACCUGCUCAUGUUACCAUGACGGCGUGGCUUACGAACCCGAUGUACCAACCAUGGUGUCAGAGUGUAUGAACUGUACAUGCACUAAUGACUCGCUGAGAUGCCGUGAAGUCUGCAAUCUGGAAUGUGAAGCUGGAUACACCCUGGAGAACCGUGACCCAGAUGAUGAUGUCUGCUGCAGAUGUGUGCCUGAUGACAAAUGCGAAUAUCCUCCACGCUCUGGCAUCUACUAUGACCCUGACACGACCUGGAGAACAGGUGCGUGUGACCAAUUCACCUGUGUUAGUCCAGGUGUGAUUGACCACAUAGUUAUGCUAUGUGAUGUUGACUGUUUGGAUGGCGAACUCGUCUACGAGAUGGGAAAAUGCUGCCCGACCUGCCGACGAACAACCACAUCCACUCCAUUUAUCACUCCAACUACCACACCAUUUAUUACCUCAUCAACUGUGGCCUAUACAACUCCAUCAGAGAAUUGUAAGGCCAUCAUGAGUGACCGUUCCUUCAUCACCGAUGAACAGAUCGAGACCAGUGUGAUUUCUGCCAUCCCAGUAACUGAGAUUCGCCCGAGCGGAGGUGGCUGGGUUAUCCCUGUUAGCAGUGAGAACCCGUCCGUCACGGUGCGCCCAGUGGCCGCCGGAGAGGAACCAGUGUACGUACAAAGCCUCAGUCUGGAUGGCAAUGUCAGAAGUGUCAAGGUUGAGUACCAGCCCCGCGCUAAUGAGGGAUUCGUGUUGCUCAACAGUUACCUCCCUGUGACGAACUCUCCUGUCUUGGUAGAGAGGCGAGCGACAGCUGUUCGAGUGACCUUCCUGGAGCCAGCGAUGUCUGGAAGCACAGGUCAAGUGAAGGGCACAACUGACACCUACUACCUGACUAAGAUGGAUCUCGUCGUGUGUGGUGAAUUCCCAGCACCGCCAGUAACUGUGAGCGAGGAAACACCGACUGUUGCCAUGCCAACCACCACCAAGUCUGCUGUCACUACCUCUGCGCCAACAACUUCACCAGUGGUAACUACCCCAGGAACUUCACCUCUGCCUUCUGCUGAACCCACACCAGAACCCUGCAGAGAACAAGAUGGAAUGAGCGAUCCACAGCUUCUACCAGACAGGGCAAUCACUGUUUCUGUGAUUGACCCUUCAAGCUCUCCAGAAGACAUCCGUCCUGAAGGAAAGUCAGCCAUAAUCCCUGUGGACACAGCUAAUCCUCCUUACAUCCAACUGGAUCUGACUCCCAAUGGUGAAGACCCCGUUGUUGUUGGCAGAGUGGUUGUGACAGGAAAUGUUGGCCGUGUAGCCAUUGAGAAGAGAGAUGACCCAACUGAAGAAUUCGUCAACCCACCUGGAAUAGAUUCUUAUGAAGUCCCAGAAAAUGGUGAAAUCCAACUGCCCAAAGACUUCACUGCUUCAGACAUCCGUAUCAGACUUUUGGAACCCAAACAGGAAGAAGCUGGUCAGACUCCAGUAGAGAAUUAUGAAGUGGAGCUGGAAGUGUUCUGCUGUUAUAAGCCUACAGAAACAACCAGUGCACCUCCAGUUGUAGAAACAACCAAAGCACCAGUAACCAGUGCACCUCCAGUUGUAGAAACUACCCAAGGGCCACUCACCUCUGCACCUCCAGUUGUCACUGAGGAGACCACACAACCACCAUCAGGGGAGACAACUCCUGAGUACUGUACCAUGGAGGAUGGCAUGAAGGACCCACAACUUUUGCCAGAUGAUUCUAUCCAGGUGUCUCAGCUUGACCCCUCAAGCUCUCCUCAAGAUAUCCGUCCUGAAGGAAAGUCAGCCAUAAUCCCCGUGGACACAGCUAAUCCCCCAUUUGUCCAACUGGAUCUGACUCCCAAUGGUGAAGACCCCGUUGUUGUUGGCAGAGUGAUAGUCACAGGAAAUGUUGGCCGUGUAGCCAUUGAGAAGAGAGAUGACCCAACUGAAGAGUUCGUCAACCCAUCUGGAAGACAAUCUUUUGAUGUCCCAGAAAAUGGUGAAAUCCAACUGCCCAAAGACUUCACUGCUUCAGACAUCCGUAUCACUCUUUUGGAACCCAAACAGGAAGAAGCUGUUCAGACCCCAGUAGAGAAUUAUGAAGUGGAGCUGGAAGUGUUCUGCUGUUAUGAGCGAAGAGCUCCCACAACACCUGGCCAAACACCGGUCCAGACUGCUGGACCAACACCUGUACCAACCACAACAGCUCCUACAACACAUGGACAAACUUCUGUGCAGACUGAGGGACCAACACUUGUGCCGACAGAGGGACCAACAUCUGUACAGACUGCUGGACCAACAUCUGUGCCAACCACUGCUGCUCCUACAACAGCUGAACAGACUGAGGGACCAACGCCUGUGCAGACUGAGGGACCAACACCUAUGCCAACCACUUCAACCCCCACAACUGGUCCUACAACACCUGGACCAACACCAGGAGAGAGGACCGGGCCACCUUUCACAACACCUGUGGCAACCACCACAGCUCCUACAACACGUGGACAAACUGAGGGACCAACACCUGUGCCAACAACCACAUCUCCCACACCAACCACAACAGAGACAGGUGUUUUGGCACCUUCUUGGAGUACAACUGGUUUGAUUGUCACUGGGGAGACAACUCCUGAGUACUGUACCAUGGAGGAUGGAAUGAAGGACCCACAACUUUUGCCAGAUGAUUCUAUCCAGGUGUCUCAGCUUGACCCCUCAAGCUUUCCUGAAGAUAUCCGUCCUGGAGGAAAGUCAGCCAUAAUCCCUGUGGACACAGCUAAUCCCCCAUAUGUCCAACUGGAUCUGACUCCCAAUGGUGAAGACCCCGUUGUUGUUGGCAGAGUGAUAGUCACAGGAAAUGUUGGCCGUGUAGCCAUUGAGAAGAGAGAUGACCCAACUGAAGACUUCGUCAACCCAGCUGGAAGACAAUCUUUUGAGGUCCCAGAAAAUGGUGAAAUCCAACUGCCCAAGGACUUCACUGCUUCAGACAUCCGUAUCACACUUUUGGAACCCAAACAGGAAGAAGCUGGUCAGACCCCAGUAGAGAAUUAUGAAGUGGACCUGGAAGUGUUCUGCUGUUAUAAGCCUACAGAAACAACCAGUGCACCUCCAGCUGUAGAAACAACCAAAGCACCAGUAACCAGUGCACCUCCAGUUGUAGAAACAACCAAAGCACCAGUAACCAGUGCACCUCCAGUUGUAGAAACUACCCAAGGGCCACUCACCUCUGCACCUCCAGUUGUCACUGGGGAGACAACUCCUGAGUACUGUACCAUGGAGGAUGGAAUGAAGGACCCACAACUUUUGCCAGAUGAUUCUAUCCAGGUGUCUCAGCUUGACCCCUCAAGCUCUCCUGAAGAUAUCCGUCCUGAAGGAAAGUCAGCGAUAAUCCCCGUGGACACAGCUAAUCCCCCAUAUGUCCAACUGGAUCUGACUCCCAAUGGUGAAGACCCCGUUGUUGUUGGCAGAGUGAUAGUCACAGGAAAUGUUGGCCGUGUAGCCAUUGAGAAGAGAGAUGACCCAACUGAAGACUUCGUCAACCCAGCUGGAAGACAAUCUUUUGAGGUCCCAGAAAAUGGUGAAAUCCAACUGCCCAAAGACUUCACUGCUUCAGACAUCCGUAUCACACUUUUGGAACCCAAACAGGAAGAAGCUGGUCAGACUCCAGUAGAGAAUUAUGAAGUGGAGCUGGAAGUGUUCUGCUGUUAUGAGCGAAAAGCUCCCACAACACCUGGCCAAACACCCGUCCAGACUGAGGGACCAACACCUGUACCAACCACAACAGCUCCUACAACACGUGGACAAACUUCUGUGCAGACUGAGGGACCAAAACCUGUGCCGACAGAGGGACCAACACCUGUGCCGACAGAGGGACCAACAUCUGUACAGACUGCUGGACCAACAUCUGUGCCCACUACUGCUGCUCCUACAACAGCUGAACAGAAUGAGGAACCAACAGCUGAACAGACUCAGGGACCAACGCCUGUGCAGACUGAGGGACCAACACCUAUGCCAACCACUUCAACCCCCGUAACUGGUCCUACAACACCUGGACCAACACCAGGAGAGAGGACCGGGCCACCUUUCACAACACCUGUGGCAACCACCACAGCUCCUACAACCACCACAGCUCCUACAACACGUGUACAAACAGCUGUACAGACUGAGGGACCAACACCUGUGCCAACCACUUCAACCCCCACAACUGGUCUUACAACACCUGGACCAACACCAGGAGAGAGGACAGGGCCACCUUUCACAACGCCUGUGGCAACCACCACAGCUCCUACAACACGUGGACAAACUGAGGGACCAACACCUGUGCCAACAACCACAUCUCCCACACCAACCACAACAGAGACAGAUGUUUUGCCACCUUCUUGGAGUACAACUGUUUUGAUUGUCACUGGGGAGACUACUCCUGAGUACUGUACCAUGGAGGAUGGAAUGAAGGACCCACAACUUUUGCCAGAUGAUUCUAUCCAGGUGUCUCAGCUUGACCCCUCAAGCUCUCCUCAAGAUAUCCGUCCUGAAGGAAAGUCAGCCAUAAUCCCCGUGGACACAGCUAAUCCCCCAUAUGUCCAACUGGAUCUGACUCCCAAUGGUGAAGACCCUGUUGUUGUUGGCAGAGUGAUAGUCACAGGAAAUGUUGGCCGUGUAGCCAUUGAGAAGAGAGAUGACCCAACUGAAGACUUCGUCAACCCAGCUGGAAGACAAUCUUUUGAGGUCCCAGAAAAUGGUGAAAUCCAACUGCCCAAAGACUUCACUGCCUCAGACAUCCGUAUCAGACUUUUGGAACCCAAACAGGAAGAAGCUGGUCAGGCUCCAGUAGAGAAUUAUGAAGUGGACCUGGAAGUGUUCUGCUGUUAUAAGCCUACAGAAACAACCAGUGCACCUCCAGCUGUGGAAACAACCAAAGCACCAGUAACCAGUGCACCUCCAGUUGUAGAAACAACCAAAGCACCAGUAACCAGUGCACCUCCAGUUGUAGAAACUACCCAAGGGCCACUCACCUCUGCACCUCCAGUUGUCACUGGGGAGACCACACAACCACCAUCAGGGGAGACAACACAACCACCAUCAGGGGAGACAACACAACCACCAUCAGGGGAGACAACUCCUGAGUACUGUACCAUGGAGGAUGGAAUGAAGGACCCACAACUUUUGCCUGAUGAUUCUAUCCAGGUGUCUCAGCUUGACCCCUCAAGCUCUCCUCAAGAUAUCCGUCCUGAAGGAAAGUCAGCCAUAAUCCCUGUGGACACAGCUAAUCCUCCUUACAUCCAACUGGAUCUGACUCCCAAUGGUGAAGACCCCGUUGUUGUUGGCAGAGUGAUAGUCACAGGAAAUGUUGGCCGUGUAGCCAUUGAGAAGAGAGAUGACCCAACUGAAGACUUCGUCAACCCAGCUGGAAGACAAUCAUUUGAGGUCCCAGAAAAUGGUGAAAUCCAUCUGCCCAAGGACUUCACUGCUUCAGACAUCCGUAUCAGACUUUUGGAACCCAAACAGGAAGAAGCUGGUCAGACUCCAGUAGAGAAUUAUGAAGUGGAGCUGGAAGUGUUCUGCUGUUAUAAGCCUACAGAAACAACCAGUGCACCUCCAGUUGUAGAAACAACAAAAGCACCAGUAACCAGUGCACCUCCAGUUGUAGAAACAACCAAAGCACCAGUAACCAGUGCACCUCCAGUUGUAGAAACUACCCAAGGGCCACUCACCUCUGCACCUCCAGUUGUCACUGGGGAGACCACACAACCACCAUCAGGGGAGACAACACAACCACCAUCAGGGGAGACAACACAACCACCAUCAGGGGAGACAACUCCUGAGUACUGUACCAUGGAGGAUGGAAUGAAGGACCCACAACUUUUGCCAGAUGAUUCUAUCCAGGUGUCUCAGCUUGACCCCUCAAGCUCUCCUCAAGAUAUCCGUCCUGAAGGAAAGUCAGCCAUAAUCCCUGUGGACACAGCUAAUCCUCCUUACAUCCAACUGGAUCUGACUCCCAAUGGUGAAGACCCCGUUGUUGUUGGCAGAGUGAUAGUCACAGGAAAUGUUGGCCGUGUAGCCAUUGAGAAGAGAGAUGACCCAACUGAAGACUUCGUCAACCCAGCUGGAAGACAAUCAUUUGAGGUCCCAGAAAAUGGUGAAAUCCAUCUGCCCAAGGACUUCACUGCUUCAGACAUCCGUAUCAGACUUUUGGAACCCAAACAGGAAGAAGCUGGUCAGACUCCAGUAGAGAAUUAUGAAGUGGAGCUGGAAGUGUUCUGCUGUUAUAAGCCUACAGAAACAACCAAAGCACCAGUAACCAGUGCACCUCCAGUUGUAGAAACAACCAAAGCACCAUUAACCAGUGCACCUCCAGUUGUAGAAACAACCAAAGCACCAGUAACCAGUGCACCUCCUGUUGUAGAAACAACCAAAGCACCAGUAACCAGUGCACCUCCAGUUGUAGAAACUACCCAAGGGCCACUCACCUCUGCACCUCCAGUUGUCACUGGGGAGACCACACUACCACCAUCAGGGGAGACAACUCCUGAGUACUGUACCAUGGAGGAUGGAAUGAAGGACCCACAACUUUUGCCAGAUGAUUCUAUCCAGGUGUCUCAGCUUGACCCCUCAAGCUCUCCUCAAGAUAUCCGUCCUGAAGGAAAGUCAGCCAUAAUCCCUGUGGACACAGCUAAUCCCCCAUAUGUCCAACUGGAUCUGACUCCCAAUGGUGAAGACCCCGUUGUUGUUGGCAGAGUGAUAGUCACAGGAAAUGUUGGCCGUGUAGCCAUUGAGAAGAGAGAUAACCCAACUGAAAAGUUCUUCAACCCAGCUGGAAGACAAUCUUUUGAUGUCCCAGAAAAUGGCGAAAUCCAACUGCCCAAAGACUUCACUGCUUCAGACAUCCGUAUCACUCUUUUGGAACCCAAACAGGAAGAAGCUGGUCAGACCCCAGUAGAGAAUUAUGAAGUGGAGCUGGAAGUGUUCUGCUGUUAUGAGCGAAAAGCUCCCACAACACCUGGCCAAACACCUGUCCAGACUGAGGGACCAACACCUGUACCAACCACAACUGCUCCUACAACAGCUGAACAGACUGAGGGACCAACGCCUGUGCAGACUGAGGGACCAACACCUAUGCCAACCACUUCAACCCCCACAACUGGUCCUACAACACCUGGACCAACACCAGGAGAGAGGACCGGGCCACCUUUCACAACACCUGUGGCAACCACCACAGCUCCUACAACACGUGGACAAACAGCUGUACAGACUGAGGGACCAACACCUCUGCCAACCACUUCAACCCCCACAUCUGGUCUUACAACACCUGGACUAACACCAGGAGAGAGGACAGGGCCACCUUUCACAACGCCUGUGGCAACCACCACAGCUCCUACAACACGUGGACAAACUGAGGGACCAACACCUGUGCCAACAACCACAUCUCCCACACCAACCACAACAGAGACAGGUGUUUUGGCACCUUCUUGGAGUACAACUGGUUUGAUUGUCACUGGGGAGACAACUCCUGAGUACUGUACCAUGGAGGAUGGAAUGAAGGACCCACAACUUUUGCCAGAUGAUUCUAUCCAGGUGUCUCAGCUUGACCCCUCAAGCUCUCCUCAAGAUAUCCGUCCUGAAGGAAAGUCAGCCAUAAUCCCUGUGGACACAGCUAAUCCCCCAUAUGUCCAACUGGAUCUGACUCCCAAUGGUGAAGACCCCGUUGUUGUUGGCAGAGUGAUAGUCACAGGAAAUGUUGGCCGUGUAGCCAUUGAGAAGAGAGAUGACCCAACUGAAGACUUCAUCAACCCAGCUGGAAGACAAUCUUUUGAGGUCCCAGAAAAUGGUGAAAUCCAACUGCCCAAGGACUUCACUGCUUCAGACAUCCGUAUCAGACUUUUGGAACCCAAAAAGGAAGAAGCUGGUCAGACUCCAGUAGAGAAUUAUGAAGUGGAGCUGGAAGUGUUCUGCUGUUAUAAGCCUACAGAGGGUGCCACAACUACUCCAGCUGCUGUGAAAACUAAUACAGAAACCCAACUUACAACCUCAGAAACCUGCUCUGAGGUGCUCGCCAAUAAGGACCUUGUGACCGAUGGCGAUAUUGUACAGACCUCUGGCCCUACAUCUCUGAACUCUGUCACUGAGAUCCGCCCCGAUGGUGCUGGAUGGCAAGUCCUUGCCCCGUCAGCUGCAGAAGAAGACCCAGAGGUCAAGGUCAGCCUGGCGUCAGAUGUUACAGUCCACUCGCUCAAAGUCACUGGCAACGUUGACAACGUCCGCAUUGAAAUUACACCAAGGGAUAGUAAUCAGCUUCCGGUGAUUAUGGACAGUGUUUCAGCCAACAGCAUUGCGUUCACAGACCCUUUGGAAGCCUCCGAUGUGACCGUUACCUUGUUGAACCCAAGGUCAGAUGUUCCGGAAGGGGAACAACAACAGCAACAGCAAAACCCUGACAUCUACAAUGUCAGAAUGGAAAUAAAUGGCUGUUACGAACAAGUGACCACACCAGCUCCAUUGGUAGAAUCAACUACACCUCUCCCACCAUCAGAGACUACAGAGGCACCAACUGUAACCACAACUCUUCCACCAACAGAGACUACAGAGGCACCAACUGUAACCACAACUCUUCCACCAACAGAGACUACAGAGGCACCAUCUGUACCCACAACUCGUCCACCAACAGAGACUACAGCAGCACCAACUGUACCCACAACUCUUCCACCAACAGAGACUACAGAGGCACCAUCUGUACCCACAACUCUUCCACCAACAGGGACUACAAAGGCACCAUCUGUACCCACAACUCUUCCACCAACAGAGACUACAAAGGCACCAACUGUAACCACAACUCUUCCACAAACAGAGACUACAAAGACACCAUCUGUACCCACAACUCUUCCACCAACAGAGACUACAGCAGCACCAUCUGUACCCACAACUCUUCCACCAACAGAGACCACAAAAACACCAUCUGUACCCACAACUCUUCCACCAUCAGAGACUACAGAGGCACCAUCUCUACCCACAACUCUUCCAACAUCAGAGACCACAAAGACACCAUCUGUACCCACAACUCUUCCACCAACAGGAACUCCAGCAGUGCCAUAUGUACCCACAACUCUUCCACCAGUACAGACUACAAAGGCACCAUCUGUACCCACAACUCUUCCACCAACAGAGACUACAGAGGCACCAUCUGUACCCACAACUCUUCCUCCAACAGAGACCACAAAGACACCAUCUGUACCCACAACUCUUCCACCAACAGAGACUACAGCAGCACCGUCUGUACCCACAACUCUUCCACCAACAGAGACCACAAAGACACCAUCUGUACCCACAACUCUUCCACCAACAGAGACUACAAAGGCACCAUUUGUGCCCACAACUCUUCCACCAACAGAGACUACAAAGGCACCAUCUGUACCCACAACUCUUCCACCAACAGAGACUACAAAGGCACCAUCUGUACCCACAACUCUUCCACCAACAGGGACUCCAGCAGUGCCAUAUGUACCCACAACUCUUCCACCAGUAGAGACUACAGCAGCACCAUCUGUACCCACAACUCUUUCAACAACAGAGACCACAAAGACACCAUCUGUACCCACAACUCUUCCACCAACAAAGACUACAAAGGCACCAACUGUAACCACAACUCUUCCACCAACAGAGACUACAGAGGCACCAACUGUACCCACAACUCUUCCACCAACAUUGACUCCAGCAGUGCCAUCUGUACCCACAACUCUUCCACCAGUAGAGACUACAAAGGCACCAACUGUACCCACAACUCUUCCACCAGCAGAGACUACAAAGGCACCAACUGUACCCACAACUCUUCCACCAACAGGGACUCCAGCAGUGCCAUAUGUACCCACAACUCUUCCAUCAGUAGAGACUACAGCAACACCAUCUGUACCCACAACUCUUCCACCAACAGAGACCACAAAGACACCAUCUGUACCCACAACUCUUCCACCAACAGAGACUACAGAGGCACCAUCUGUACCCACAACUCUUCCACCAACAGAGACUACAAAGACACCAUCUGUACCCACAACUCUUCCACCAACAAAGACUACAAAGGCACCAUCUGUACCCACAACUCUUCCACCAACAGAGACUACAGAGGCACCAUCUGUACCCACAACUCUUCCACCAACAGAGACUACAAAGGCACCAUCUGUACCCACAACUCUUCCAUCACAUCAACCACCACCUACAACUGUUCAGCCUGGUAGCACAGUUAUAGUUGCAACAACGUCUCCUUCAGGAUCAACACCUUCUACCAAGACAACUCCUGAAGAACAAACGACCCUGGGUAGGACUCCCAGUUUGAGUCCCACAACUGUUGGCGUGACAACUGUGUCUGGACCCUUGACCGAGACUGUCACCACUGUCCAGUAUUCCUCUCCUACAGAGCCUGGUGUCACCUACACACCUGAACUGAGAAAUGUCACUGCAGUUAUCACUACAGCAUCUGUGCAAGAAUCAACUGCGGCCACGACAACAUCAGGUGUGUCUACAACUCCAGAAAGCCAGGAUGUCACCCAAGAAGAGGACUCGUGCUUCAAGAGGACCAUGAACCUGACAAUGGAGGUUGAAGGAUGCGUAUCGGAUGGUCCUGUUGAGCUAGCUUUCUGUGCAGGAUCAUGUGCCUCCAACACCACUGCAUCUUUCACCUACCCCUUCUUCGAAACCAACUGUCACUGCUGCAAACCAACCAAAGUGUCCAGAAGGACCGUUCAGCUUACCUGUGCCAAUAACGAAGUCCGCCAACACACCUACGUCAAGAUCGAGUCUUGCGGUUGCCAUGGUUGUGAGUAUGACGCAUACGCCGCCAGCGGAAUCACCCAGGUGAUGACGUCAAACGUGGCCAUCUAGUUCAUCUCUUUCGACGUGACAAAUAGC